AUGGGUCAGACUCUGGCGUCCUUCUUACCUCCUGGGCUUUCUGCAGAGGUGCGGAGAGCUUCAUACGAAGCUCCUAUGCCUCCAGUUGACGUCUCAGAGCUAGCUGCAGGCCACGUGCGUCCUGCUUGCUUCCCUGCAGUAACCCGUGUACCUCGGGGACGUCCGAAGAAGGAGCGUGUUCGCCGGGAGGGUGCCCGGCUACCUCGUGGGAGGAGGAAAUACAUGGAUCACGGGGGUUUAUUACCGUUAGGAGCUGUUGUAGCAGCUGCCUGA